AUGCCCACAUUGCGACAAGCACCAACCGAAUUCCCGGACAGCACCUCGCGGCUCUGGCGCAUCAAGUCCAAAUCGGGACCGGAUGGGACGCCAGUGAUUCGUUACGCGUCGUUUAUUGGUCAGCUGAAGCGAAUCGCCUUGCAAUUUAAUCUUCAGUUACAGUCGACCACCCUUACUUCAGAUGGGGUGCAGAGAAUGGCCUUCGCCUGGAGGUUGACAGCCGAGUGUUUCUCAAUCCAACUCAAUUACCAUAAGUGCUCCUCCGGUUCAAGUGAUUGUGAGUCCGGUGGAGGCGGUUCGGCCACAUUCGAUGAGUUCAUAACCAUUACAUCGGUGUUGUUUGAAUUCAACCAUGACAAGGUCUUGAUCGCAAUAAUUUCACGAUUGUACCCUCUAACCGCUUGCAUACCACUUUCUCCCCUUGAACAGCCUUGCCCGGAACUGAUUCCAGAUCUCAACUCAGGCAACUUUGAUUCCCUUUCGCAGCACGUUACCAACCUUGUGACUGUCUAUGCUGUCCCGGGCAACAAGAUCGAUCGUGCACGAGCGUAUAUGUGCCUCGAGGCGAUUGAACAGGAUUUGUCUAUGCUGAGUCAGGUGUCACGAUCACCAGACGCCAGUGCGGAUCAACGAGGAAGUUCCCUGAAUAGCCUACCCUCGUUUACCUCUCUACGUCAACAACUGGGCAGUCGUAGUGAUGUAUUUGCCCUACGUACACUCGUAAAUCAAUCUAUGGUUGGCCAUUUUGUCGGUCGGUCUGGAGGCCGCUUGGCUCGACUGACCUACCUAGUAACUCCAGCCCAAGCCGCAGUAUUUCGCGCUGGAAAUUCAUCAACUGGGUCUAGGAAACCUUCGGUCAGCUGCUCAAUCGUAGGAAAAGGUUCGACCGAGGGAUUGGUUGGAGGCCACAUGGCACGAGUGGGUCUCCGUCCCCGUAUUACCUAUCCGGAGUUUGUGGAUACUGACGGAUGUCAGUCGUCUGGUCCUCAGCAGCUUGCUUUUAUACCACUAGUCACGCUUCAAGAGGAUGCCCAUGGCAACCGUCUACCUGACUUUGCGAAACCGGAUGACAUCACAUGCGUGGCGAUCGAGGCGGAAUUCGUGCUCUACCUGGAUCCGCCCGUACCGCUUACGUCGGAUGCUGUACAUCAGCUGCAGCAUAUUACGGGUCUGGCCGAUUCUGACUUUGGAAUUUUGGAUUCCACGGAAGAACAAGAUUUGGUCCAGGUCAUUCUCAGUCGUCAUGGACAAGAACAUCUGUAUGGGAUCAAUUCACAUUUGAUUCCCUUUACUUGUUCCAAUCAGCUGAGCCCCAUCAUCUCCUUGCUGCGCCAACAUGCAUCGGCCAGCGCAUUUUUCGAAACAUUUGUGUUACAUCCGCGAAAACCAGUUGUUAAAGUGGACAUUGAAAUUGGCCAGUUUGAGGUGGAACGAGCAACCAUAAAUUGUGACCAUUACAUAUCUGAUGAAAAUCAGUCGGGCAACCCUGGGAUUAGUGUUGAUCCUUUACCCAUCCUGGCGCGGUCCCAUGCCCUUCCAGUUGGCUUGGUAUGGGUACUCACUUCUCUUGGCUGUCCGACUCAUCGCCAACUUCCUUUGAUGAUUACCAAACCUCAACAAACUUACCAUGAUGAGGAUGGUGUUGAAUCAGGCGAUCAGUCCUCAGCAGCGCGUUUCCAAUCGCUCACUUCCCCAAAACUCUUAGGUGAACUGCGUAGCAUGCUUGCGCGGGCUCGCUCGCAUGUCAUCAUACAAGACGCCACUGGGACUGGCGGAGUUCUUAGUGGUGCGGACCGCUUUGCCGCCUUGGACCUCGAAGCGCCCUUGAUGCCCACGACGACCGUUGCUCCGACAAGCGGCCUAAAAAUGGCCCCGCUUCCUCCUGGUGUGCUGGCUACUCCACCCCCAAUGUUUUCCAAUUCGGAGGGCCACCCGGGUGAUCUGGUAAACAACGUGCUCUCAAACGUUCGAUACGCGGAUUUUCCUGCUAAGUGUCAUCCGAAUGUCAUGCAAUCAGCCUCAUCACCACAACCUAGUUUCAAUCCGCGUUCCCUUCGAUUGGAUGAUUUGCUCAUUGACAAUCUGUUCCAACAAUGCCCGGGGUCAUCACAUUCCUCGGCUUCUGCAGACCAUACCCCAACUGGAAGUAAAAAUGCCACCUCUGCCGUCCUUGGGGUUACCGCCCCGCCUAAACAAUUCCCUGGAGCCCGAGAUCUCGGGGACAGUUUGUCUUCCCCUCCAACAUUGUCUGUCCAUGCUCCGCUUCUAGGCAAUCAGGCAGGAGUGUUUUCCUCGUCGGGUCCACAACAGUCGAUUGGGAACGCCAACUAUCCUUUGCCACCUUACGCUGGGCGUACCGUUCAAACUGCCACGCCUCCUGCUGUACCGCUGUCAAUCCCAGGAACCUUUACUCAGACUCCGAUUCUCGUCAGCCAGAUGACGAGUGGCUCAAAACAUCCUUCAGGUAAUGGGUCUUCUCUUCCGUUUCGUGCACUUCCCGCUCCACCAGGUCUAGUCACCCCGAAGCACUCCACUCCACAGCAGCCCGGUCUUCGUUCCAGUCCGGUUGCUGGAGUGCCAACACCUUCCAACACUAUUGCACAUAAAACAAUACCCACUGUUGGAAAUAUCCAAAUGCCCAAUACCGGGACCUCGACGGUUUCAAAGAAGCCACGCAAACGUCGUCGUGGCAGCUCUGAUGGCCUCACACCGGGAACCUUUCCAAAAUCUGGUUCUCUAGUCAGUUCAACUCCACAAGCUGUGGGCACCCAUGGGAUGAAACAUCAACGUAUAGACACACCAACUUGUCAGCAUCCAACAUAUCACCGGAGCACCUAUGGAAACACCUCAGCCUACGGCCACGUCGCGAGUACAGUUACCUCUCCUUCUCAAAGUAAUCUCACUGCCCUGCCAUCUGUGUCUCAUCCCUCUUCCGUCGUGUCCAGUGGUAAAUCAGUCUACGAUUUCGAUGACACCGCUAGUUCAAUGUUUGAGUUAAGCAGCUCGAGCUCUGUAUCUUCCUUUUCCGGGUCGACUAUGGGAGCCUCCGCCACAAAAAUUUCUUCGUCUUCCGGCGCCAGCUAUUCAGCCUCUGCUAGUUCAUUAGUAGGUGCCUCAGGACCUCCUUGUGCUCAGGUUAGUGCAAACGCAGGAAUGCCGGCUUUUGAACGCACUGUGGAGCGCAAAACUAGCUUGAAAAUAUCUAUAAAAACUUUACCCCCUCAGCGGCCGGCUGGCAAAUCGGCCGUGGCGACGUCGUGCAUCGUCAAACAAGAUUCGUCUACUGCACAACCUGUUGCAACAGAAGGUAGGGUAAAGUUGACAGCCUCUGGACAACCUGUCAAAAAACGAAAGCGGCGUUCCGUCGAUGGAAAGCCUUCCUCGUAUGUACUUCAAAUGUUGCAAAACUCUGGGGGACCUGGCAAUGUGUCUGAUGCUGACGGGUCAACUUCAGCUGGUUUAACAAAGUCUAGCAAGUGCUCUACCAGUCUAAGUCAUGCCACACUGAUAGUGAAGAAAGAACGGAAGCGACGCGCCGCCCAUGGUUCAGAAAGAUUCAAACCGCUCCCUCCCACAACCCCUCUUGGUUCUUUGAGCUUUUCUAGCUCCGGUGAUGGUUCUGGUUCCAGUAUGGAGGAACAGAAAGCACGCAAGUUGGAACGAAUGAUCCGCGAUGGGGAAACCCCUCCACAGGUUCUCAAGGUUAGUGGCACACCCUCCUCAUCUGGUCUUGCGGUGACGACUCCGAUCAAGGGCCUUCCAGUCCAAACGGGUGUGCAAAAAAAGAAGCCCGUUCAUGCAGCGUCACCAGCUAUACCGGAAGACAGCGUUGCAGUCAAGCGUCCAGUUGCCUCUGUUCCCUCUUCGUCAUUGGCCCAUCCUGGUGAGUACAAACGCAAAAAGUGCAUGGAAUCUUCCAAAUCUUUUCUCCCCACUUCAUAUUCACUACCACAAUCGGGUUCUGACUCAGAGUUCACCAGCACCAUGACAUUAAGUGGUCUCACUUCUGGGAGCACCCACUCUAUUCCCGUUAGCUCCAAAGUUGCUCGUUCUUCACACUUGGGUGUGCGUGGCGGAGCCAGCACUCACGGCGGUCUGAAACGAGCUCAGACCGCUUCUCCAUUUCUCCCUGUUUCAACUUCCGUGCCCGCUUCCGGUCAUGCCUCCGGUGGGAUUAUUAAAGGUUACAAGAUCCCGAAGAAAAAGUCCACUACCGCUGGCGGUGCCUUGCCGCCUCCGAUCCUCAGUGAUGAUCGACUGCCGUCUACUGUUUCACCAUUUGACCCUAAUAGUAAAGGAACUUUGGACCAUUCUACUGAUUCCGCAAUAACUGAGUCCUGUUCCUCGACGAUCGCCACCUCUAGCGGUUCUUUCAUUACUACUCUGACCAGCAUCACAACCAGUCAACCUGGUUCUCCAAUUCAAGCCUCUCUCGUGACCACUCAACAAGGCAGCUCAACACCGUCAAAAGUGGUUUUAACUACGCCUGGUUCUGGAAGUGUUUUGAAUCCGUUUGGCCAACACCAGCAACAACAGAACAGGCGACAAUCGGUAAAAAGCAUCAGUGACAUCGUGGACAAGUUACGAGCUAAGUCCACAACUGGCAACAACAGUUCCGUCACGCCAUCGUCUUCCCGCACUUCCGAUGUACCCAAGCUGGAGGCAAACAACGAGCUUCUGGCCGUUACCGAAAGUGAGCAGUCCAACUCUCCCAUCGGUCCUCUAGAAAUCAUUGGUGCUUCCAACGAACGUGACACGUCACAAGACCCACGCGGUGAUAACAUCUUUGAGAAAUUCUCUAUAGAAACUCCGAAUUCAAGCUCCACGAGCGAUGCAGCCUUCACCAGUCGCGCCUCCGUAAGUACGGCUUCACUGCCGCAGGGCACAGACCAAGAUAACUUGUCAGCAAGCAGUCCUAAAUUUCUCACAGAUGAUGAGAGGCAAGAGCAGGGUCGCAUGGCUGAGUCAUCGGACGGACGCCAUCCAAAAUCAGAGUCUGCUGUGCCGGAGUCUGAUGAAAAUGUGUCGGUUGGGGAGCGUGAUGUAAACCUCAGUGGAUCGCGACAGACUGGACAGUAUGUGGUAAUUAAGGCGCAGACAGAUACUCCAGCAUCACCUGCUGAGUCCUGUACAACUGCCCCGUCAACCUCCGCUCCUACUUCGACGACAACCAGCAAGAUCAUCCCAGUUUCUUCUCCGAAUGGCACUCAACGUCUGCAUGCUUCACAUUCUCGGGCAAAAGCCUCCGACCGACAUGGUGGGCCACUGAUAUCCAGGAAGACUGCUGGCAACCCAAUAGGUAGUCGAUUUCCUCGUCCCUCGUUGGGCUCGGUCGGUCCAAUGUCUCAUGUUGGUCCGGAGGGAUACAUGCGUUCUGCGACUGCUGGGCGGCUUCGACGGCCUGCUCGUGGUUAUCCUCAUACUAUGCAUCGACCGAAAACCGCAACGUUUAAAGGCCCUUCUGUAUGGCCAUCCAGUGGUGGACUCGAAUUCGGUAGUGGCCCGCCAGCGUCACAAGGUGAUUCCGUCCAACCGGUGGUUGGAGCACCGUGGAUGAUGUCCCAAGGUGGUGGCCCCCUACCUGCCCCGACGACUGGCCCUCCCCCUUUCCCGUCAAGUUCCGUUGCACCUCCUCCACCCAUGCCCCAUUCGUUUCACACAGCCGGCCCACAACAACGGCCACUUCGACCUCUAUUCGGUCCACCUGGUGGAGUGAAUCUCUAUGGCGGACCAAUGAGGGGGGCAGGGAAGCAGUGAUAAAAUACUUUGUAUAUUCCACCCUCGGUUGUAUGACCUUUUCCUGAACAAGACUUCCGAUUACUUUUAGAUGUACAUACCAGUGUUCGUCAGUCUUAUUUCGUCACUUUGUUUCUUUUUGUAGCAAUACUGCUUUUGUUGUUACUUGUUUACUCACGCGUAAAACUAAAGCCGAAUGUAAAUAUUUUUUUACUUCUGUAUUUUUUCCGCCAAUUCUGAUCUGAUACAUUGUAUAUGGAAACCCCUACAGGGGGGAGAAAAGAAGUCAC